AAGAGACAGAAACCAAGUUUUCUCAAACAAACCAAAAUCUAUAAUGGAGAUGAACAUGAGCUUUUCCCAUGACAUGGACGAUGAAUAUGAGAAACUCAUUAGAAGAAUGAAUCCACCCAGGGUUGUGAUUGAUAAUGAAGCCUGCAAGAAUGCAACAGUGAUAAGUGUUGAUAGUGCAAACAAACAUGGAAUCCUUCUUGAAGUUGUACAAAUCCUCACUGAUAUUAAUCUUAUCAUUACUAAGGCUUACAUAUCUUCUGAUGGCAAUUGGUUCAUGGAUGUUUUCAAUGUUACUGAUCAUGAUGGAAACAAAAUCCUAGAUGAAGGGAUUCUAGAUUAUAUAAGGAAGUCUCUAGGACCAGAAUCUUGUUUCACACCUUCAAUGAGAUCUGUUGGGGUGAAGCAAUCAAUGGACCACACCGCAAUCGAGUUAACAGGAAGCGACAGGCCGGGAUUGCUGUCUGAAGUGAGUGCUGUCCUGAAGCAUCUUAAAUGCAAUGUAGUAAAUGCUGAAGUUUGGACACAUAACACCCGUGCUGCGGCUGUGAUGCAAGUGACCGAUGAGGAAACGGAAACCGCGAUUACCGACCCCGAAAGACUGUCGAGGAUAAAGACACUUCUUUGCAAUGUGCUCAAGGGUAGCAACAAAUCCAGCUUAGCCAAAACUGUGGUCUCCCACUCGGUCACACAUACUGAUAGAAGGCUUCAUCAGAUGAUGUUUGCCGAUAGGGAUUACGAACGAAUCGGGGAAGAUGUCUUGGACGACAGGCAAAGGCCAAAUGUCGAUGUCGUUAAUUGGUAUGAUAAGGACUAUUCAGUGGUUACAAUUAGGUGUAAAGAUAGACCGAAACUUCUCUUCGAUACGGUUUGCACCUUAACAGAUAUGGACUAUGUAGUUUUUCAUGCAAAUAUCGAUACUUUGGGACCUGAUUCGUAUCAGGAAUAUUACAUUCGGCAUAUCGAUGGAUCCCCGGUGAAAUCGGAUGCUGAGAGAGAAAGGGUAACUCAGUGUCUUGAAGCAGCAAUUGCCAGAAGGGUAUCUGAGGGUUUGAAGCUCGAACUCUGCACGACCGACAGAGUUGGAUUGCUGUCCGAUGUAACUCGGAUCUUCCGCGAGAGCAGCCUUACCGUCACCCGAGCUGAAGUAACAACAAAGGCAGGCAAAGCGGUUAACACAUUCUAUGUUCGCGAUACGUCUGGUUAUCCUGUUGAUGCUAAGACCAUAGAUUCUAUCAGACAAGUUAUAGGCCAGACCAUACUAAAAGUUAAAGGCAACCCUGAAGACAUCAAACCAGUUUCCCAGGAAUCUCCAACUAGGUUCCUUUUUGGUGGUCUCUUCAAGUCAAGCUCUUUUGUCAACUUCAGCUUGGUCAGAUCAUAUUCCUAG